AUAUAUAUAUAUAUAUAUAUAUAUAUAUAUAUAUAUAUAUAAUAAGUAGAUAGGUACAGAAAGGAGAGAGAAAAUUAUACCUUGUAGUCGACGUUACACAUAUCUUUAAACUUGUUCGUUUGUGAGCGUGAUGCGCAACACGGGUUCCAGCGACGCGCGUUGAUCUUAUUUAAGACGAUGAUAUCGCUCUGUAACGCGACGAUUCGACGCCAAGCGUCGCUGAUCAGACCGCGAUCGUUUGCGCCCAGUCGUCACGGUGGCGGACGACGCAUGUAGACCCGUGAAUAACGCGCUGGUAAUCCCUGGCCCAAAGUCAGUCUACAUAUCAGACUCUAGUUAGCACCAGGUCCCUUUUCAACUUUGGACAUCUUCACCUCGAGUACGAAUCUCUGGCGUGUUGGACGAUUCACGAUCCUACCGUCUCUAGAUGUCUCGGACGGAGAUCGUGGAUCGCUGAACAUCGAUCUCUGAGUCCUUUGAUAACUCCUCUUUCGCCUCAGUCACGGAAGCUGCGCUCAUUUUGUCCCAGGCGAUUUCGGGUAGACGUUUCACAAAGACCUCCCGAAGUCGCCCGACCCGUGGCCCUAGGAACUCUCCAUCCUUUUUGGAACGAAUACAGCGAUCUGAUUAGACUUUUGAAAAUUCUUUCAAAGCUUGAGCGUCAACACUCUAUGAAAUCGUUAUGUUCGUUCCACCCAGUAUGCAUCCUCUUCGGACCCAAAGUACUCGUACCGCCAGUUACCACUACUAACAAUAUUAUUCGCCGCUACCAACUGUAAUCACCGUCGAUACCGCUACCGCAUCGCCCCGUUAUCUGACAAAUUGUACACCGAAGCUACGUCGUAAACGGAAAUAUCGAGAGGCCAGACUCUUUCGAAGGGACAUCACUUCAUUUUUUUUUUAUUUAAUUUUUUUGUGUUCUCUUUUUGUCGGAGUAGCAUGUCACGGAACUCGAUCACAGCUGCGUGCUUCUCUCCUCACUCGCCUUCUUCUCUUGGUCCUCAUCAUCGCAGCGGCGCUCCUCUCGAUCACGUGUGCUGAGAGAAAAUUGUGACAUGCUCGCGAGUUACUCGAAUCGUUACGAAAAGCAAUACGAUACGGGAAAGGCUCUAUUGGCCGCUCAAGAUCACCCAGCAGGUUACUCCCACCUCGCUCGUGUACUUCCACUACUCCGCCAGGGAGAAUGGCUCUGAAUGGAACUCGGAUUAUGUGAUCAGAAUUUUUGGAAAAUGUUCUUUAAUUAUUGAUCGGCGUUUCGUAUUAAGUAAACUAGCGAGUAUAUAUGCAAUGACCAAGCAGUAUUAUUAUGAAAAUGCAACUUAGAGGGUGAAAAGACAAAUUUCUCUUAUAGCGCGAACAUCAGGGGCAUUCUUCAUCUCGCGGUUCAUUUCAGUUUUUUCGCGUUAAUCUGCAGGAAUCUUGAUAAAAGGAGGGGACUCGUUAAUGAUCUUGAGCUGCCAAUUGAGUUCGAUCUGACUGUAGUAUACGAUACAUUCGUUUGAGGAAGAAAACAGUUGCUUCGAAGGGCUAAGUAACACGAACGGUGGCUCUCGAUUAAGAAUCUCGAAGCGUGUAUUAUACUAUUUGCCUCUUCAAAACAACCUAUUUCUAUCUUCAAAUAUUCUCCCGCGUCGUUGACAUAUAUUUUAGGCCCUAAAUUAGGCGACCGUUACCGUAACGUAUCAAACAAAGGAAAAUAUGUUUCGUCGAGGUAUUUUAUUAACAUUUUACAUUACUCGUGCGAUCGAAAACGGAGAAUAUUAUAUUUUCGAUAAUUCAGUUCUACGAUUAUGCUAUCGUAGACGACGGCCAUUGUUGAGGGCCACGGAGAUAGGGUUCGUGGACAGCCUGUUUAAUGAAGUUAAGGAAAACUAUUUUUUCUUUCCUUUGCACGUGUUAGUAUAGAAAAUAUAUUUCAUAAGAAGUUUACGCGUCGAUUAAAUCAAUUCAAUUCGAAAGGAAAUCCCGGAAUUUCGAUCCACAAAUUCGAUCGACCUUUUUAUUAUUUAUCUGCGCCGUAAUUUGUCGAUUUCUCUCAGCGCGCAGUCAACAUUUCAGUACCCGUUCAUCGUCGAAACCUCUCCGAAUUCGAAACGCCACUCGCGAAUGUCUUAUUGUGAUAAUCGAAGCGUCGAUUGAAAUAUCGAUCCGUUGCGAACGAAAGACGAAGAAUCUUAAGCAUUUACGAUCGUUGGUCAGCGUUAUUGGUACGACUGUCGAUGUGUGUUUUCAUCUCGCGAAACGAACGCUAAGGGCAACGUUUUCUCACGCCAAUCUGUUUGUUAUGUAUUCGUAUCGUCGUAUACUUUUUACGUAAAUCGAUAAGUUGUUGAUUAGUUGCUAUACGCGGAAGGACGAACAAUCAUCCUGCGGUUUUAAUUUAAAAAAAGGCGCACGGUGAUUAUCGUCCUCCCAUUUUGUUUUUUCUUUCUUUUUUUAUAAUAAGCUUUUAUUGCUCAAAAAUUCCCUCUCCGCCACUACGGAGAAUGUUUUCCAUUUUUGCCAACCGUUCGCGAAACCGUUGUCGAUUUUUCUCUGUUUAAACCACUCGUGGUUGUAUACUUCGUUUUGCGUCGGCGAACGUUUCGUUCGAUUCCCCCAAAAGGGAGACACUAACCGUGUUUUUAUGCAAGGUUUCCCCGCGCAAAGAGCAUUGGUCGCAAAAGUAUGCCACUUGAUAUUCAUAAUUGUUAAUACUUUAGCUUACCGAUCUUUCGUCAUUGGUUGUAGAGAAAUUUUGGACAGGCGAGAAACUUGUUUCGUAUUAGUCGUGUGAGUCAAGUUUUUCUAAAUAUUACGUCACCUCCUCAUUAUACGAGUUCAAACAAAGCAUAAAUGAUAUGGAAGAGAAAGUGGCGCCAAUAAUUUUCUAAACGUGGAAACCCUGUAUAACGGUGAAAAUAUCCAGUUACUGUUCGCGCGCGAGAAGAAUCCAUCCCGAUGAUUUACGUCGCUACAUGCAUUCUUCCAGCUCGCGAACAGUAGAACGAGCUCUUUUCAUUGCACCUGCACGCGCGAAAGCGAUCGAGAGUCGACAAUUGCGACUCUCCGUUUGCGUUUACACCGUUCCCACCUUCAUGCUCGGUUGAUGUCGGAUAUUCAGCGAUUGUACGUGUAUGUAAAAUGUGCACACAUCCUCAAACGCGCAUGCAUACACACAGAAACACACAAACACACAGACGCGCGCAUUGUAAUUUAUCGUCAAUGUUACUCGAGUGUCCGUCAAGGCUAUCCAAACGAUAACUGUUCGUUCCGACAGCUAUACUUGCGAAAUAUAUAAUACACGUAUUAUAACGUAUACAUAUAAUAUGUAUAUUAUGUAUCGUACAGAGGGAUACAUAGCCCGCACGAGUUAUCGACGACCAAAAAGUGCCGAAAACAUUGGCGAGAAAUAUCGUAAUAACUGGGAGGGGGGACGGGGGGGGGGGGAUUUAACGAGAAAUUAUCGUUUGCAACGGUGGAGUCCAAGUCAAGCUCCGGAGCUUGGGCACCUUCCCCCACUCCGUCUCCUAGCGCGCGCGAUCUACGACUGCGCAGACGUCCCGCUCAACUACGGCGCAGCUCAGCUGCGGCAGCUGUCUCAGUCGACUGCGGUCCGUCGAUGGGGAAUGAUCUUUGCGACGGGGCUCCACUGGUUUACACGAAUUACGUCGUACACGCACGAUCGAGAUGACGGCGUAACGCAGAGACACAGAGGUAUUACACACGUAUUUGGGACGGUACUCUCAUGCACGCGUACACACGCAUAUGUAUAUAUAUGCGUAUAUAUAUAUAUAUACACAUAUAUGCAUAUGUAUGUAUACAAUAACAAAAGAACACAAAAGUUUUAUUCGCAUCAUUACAGCAGCAGCUGCACCUCUUUUUUGAUUCUCACACGCACCCCCACACUGAUCUUCGAAUUGAACAUUCUUUUUUAGCGGUCAGAGAGAGGGAUCCGCGAAUUUACCAACCACUCGAAUAGAGAUUUAAUGUUUGUAAGGGCAAUAACGAUUGUAAAUUCUUCAAGUACACUGUAUUUGAAUGUAUAAGUUGCAUAAAAAAGACAGAUUUUUUAGAUAUUGCACUAUAAUAUUUAUUAUUCUAAGGUUAACGAGACAGGGUCGCGAUUCGCCGCGCUCGCGAUACCUCGCCCGCGCUCUCAUCCUUUAUUGGCCUCGAUCGCGCUCGAUUCCCGACUUAAUCCUCGGGAUCGACAGCGAACGAGAUUUCGUAUUCGAUCGACCCCCCCCCACGAAACCCCGCGGUGUAAUUUCAUUUUCCAUCCUCGUCGAAGUACCCGAGCGAGUUUACCACUUCACCUGAACGAGGGAAAUACAUUUAUUAGCGAUCGAAAACGCCGAGUCGCAAGCGCGGCCGCUUCGCGGCGAUCAUGAAUUAAUAUUAAUUAAUAAAGAGGCAAAGCGAAUGCAUUGUUCUUUCCAAUAAAAGAAGAAGCAAGAUUUUUAGUGUUUACACUACAAUUGAUAAACGAUUCUAUUAUUACAUAAUAUUAUAUUAAUAACAAUAUUAUUACUGUAAUGUUUGUUUUUGGUUAUUAAAGUGUGUAUAUAGCAAUAUAUUCUAGAAAUGGUCUCCACUGUUGAAUCUCUUGCUCGCCAAUUUCCCAAUCGACGUAUUCGUCAGACAUAGCCAUCGUAUAGAUCACGACCGAUCUAUCAGUAUGAUCUAUAGUGCAAUUUAUUUACAUGCUUGUCAUGCAUUAAAAAAAUCGUGAUCUCUGGUCUAAAUACAAUAUCGAUAAAUCUAUUAGUUAAUUGACAGAUUAAUGUUUUGUAUCUUCAAUUUGACGCUUGGAAUUUUUAUUUAUAUAAAGAUUUUUGAAGAUACAGUCUGCGCUUCAAGUAGAUUCAAAUGCGAGAUUCGAGUUGGGUUCACGUGGAAUUCACCAGAUGACGCUGCAUUCGAACGAACGCCUAUAAGUAAACAAGUAUAUAGGUGACAGUUCGACACGUGCUAUUAGUUUUCUUGAAUAAAUUUGUAUUCAAUAUGUCGUCAAACGAAAUGGAAGUAGACGAUGAAACUGAGACGAAGCCAAAACAUUUCCACGAGUUAGAAUUAGACGAUAGAAUACUAAAGGCCAUUGCAAAAUUAGGUUGGCUAGAACCUACAUUGAUACAAGAGAAAGCAAUACCAUUAUUGAUGGAAGGAAAAGAUAUUUUGAUUCGAGCACGCACGGGAUCUGGUAAAACAGCGGCAUUUGCUAUACCGCUUAUUCAGAAGAUUCUGUCGAACAAACGAAUGCAAAAGAAACAGGAAACUAAAGGUCUGAUCGUUGCUCCGAGCAAAGAAUUAUGUAAACAAAUACAUGAUGUGGUAGUUAGCUUAACAAUAAAAUGCAGCAGAGAAGUAAAAGUGGUCGAUAUCAGUGCACAAGUAGAUUUGAUUGCACAGAAACCAUUGUUAGCAGAGAAACCUGAUAUUGUUGUUGGCACUCCAGGCAGAUUAUUGCAGCAUUUAAAAGCUGGCAACAUGAAGUUGAAACGUUCUCUAGAAACAUUGAUAAUUGACGAGGCUGACUUGAUAUUUUCAUUUGGAUACGAGGAUGAAAUAAAAGAUGUGUUGCAAUACUUACCCAAUGUAUACCAAGCAGCUUUAGCUUCUGCAACCCUGUCUGAAGAUGUUGUAACUCUUAAAAAAUUGGUGCUUCAUAAUCCAGCAAUAUUAAAGCUAGAGGAACCUCCAUUAGCUCCACUGUCUCAGUUAACUCACUACAGUCUUGCUGCAGAAGAAAACGAUAAAGCUGCUAUUCUAUAUGCUUUACUCAAAUUGACUUUAAUUAGGGGAAAGACUAUCAUUUUUGUAAAUACAGUAGAUAGAUGUUAUAAAUUAAAGUUGUUUUUAGAACAGUUCGGUAUACCUACCUGUGUUUUAAAUUCUGAAUUACCAGCAGUUUCGAGAUGCAGAGCGGUCACUCAAUUCAACUCCGGAACGUACGACAUUAUAAUAGCAUCCGAUGAAAAAUCUUUGGAAGAACCUCAUGUAGUGAAAGUUAAAAAAGGAAAACGAAAGAAAGAUAAAGAAUCUGGUGUAGCACGCGGCAUAGAUUUUCAAUUUGUGUCCAAUGUGAUCAAUUUUGACUUUCCACUGGAUGUAAACUCGUAUAUUCAUAGAGUUGGACGUACCGCACGAGGCAAGAACCAGGGGACAGCAUUGAGUUUUAUAGCGAUAAAAGAAAGACCUCUUCUUGAUAACGUUGAGGAACAAUUAAAACAUUGUUACAAUAGCGAUAAAUUGUUCAAGACAUACCAAUUCAAAUUAGAAGAAGUUGAAGGUUUUCGGUAUCGAGCAAAAGAUGCUUGGAAAGCAGUAACAAGAAUAGCCGUUCGCGAAGCACGCUUGAAAGAAAUAAAACAAGAGGUAUUGACUUGUGCGAAAUUGAAAAGCUAUUUUGAAGACAAUCCAAGAGAUUUACAAUCGUUGAGGCAAGACAAAGCACUGCAUACUGUAAAAUUACAACCACACCUGAAAGAUGUGCCCGAGUACAUAGUCCCACCCACUUUGAAAAGACUCGUAGGUAUGGGUAAAAGAAAAAGAAAAUUUGACAGAGAGGCCGCAGGAUCCAGAUCUACCGCUACGCAGUCGAAAUACCAAGCACGCGCAUCGAAUCCUCUAGUUAGUUUACAAAUACGUAAAUAAAAAAAUUUUACGCUAAUGUACCUUGUAUAAUAUGUUACGAAUAAAAUAAUGUAAAAGGUAAUUACAAAUUAGGAUUAACUUUCGAAUUAGAAAGGGAGGAAAUGGUUUAUAGGAUUAUGAAAAUAAAAAUAAACCUUUUGUUUAAUCUAA